UUUAACUUUACUAGUUCUACCCCUCUUAAAGAUUAUGGACGGAUUGACCCUGAGUGGUGUAAUUUAACGUAUCCAGUAAUAAACGAAAAUAAAACCGUGCGAGCUGAAAGUUAUAUUGGAAUGUAUGCGAGAUCAGGGAUAUAUUAUUAUUGUGGAGGACAGAGAAUGUCUGUGCGCAUCCCUAUCAAUGCUAUAGGAGUCUGUGCCAUGACUAGAUUGGCAGUUCCCUUAAUGAUAAUAGGAAGCAAAACCGCUCGUGCAACUCCAACUACCCCAGCAACAUUAACAGCGCGACGAAGGCGUCAUGUCCUGAUGAAACGAGACACUGCGGACCUCUGGGACAUGACCACUAAUUCCCAGACUUAUAUAGAUGCUAUCGGGGUACCAAGAGGUGUACCUGACCAGUACAAACUAGUUGAUCAAAUUGCGGCCGGUUUUGAGAAUAUUCCGAUUCUUUCAGCCAUAUUUCCCAUAACCCCUAAUAAGAACGUAGAUAGGAUUAAUUUCAUUCAUUUAAACGUUCUUCGAUUAGCUAACCUGACCAGAGAUGCAAUAGAAGGCCUCUCUGAGCAAUUAGCACCGACAUCUCUGAUGGCCGUCCAGAAUCGUAUGGCAUUAGACAUGUUGUUAGCAGAAAAGGGCGGAGUUUGUGCAAUGUUCUCCAGUUUUUGUUGUGUGUUCAUUCCAAACAACACGUCGCCGGAUGGGAAGGUCACUAGGGCCUUACAGGAACUCCGAACCUUGUCCGAAACGAUGCACGAGCAGUCAGGAAUAAACAAUCCAUUGGGGGACUGGAUGACCCRGAYGCUUGGACAGUGGAAGGGUGUGGUCAUGUCUGUUUUGGUAUCCCUUGGUGUUUUUAUUGGUAUUGUAGUAACAUGUGGUUGUUGUUGUAUCCCGUGCAUUCGAUCUCUCUCUGUUCGACUGAUCACAACUGCUAUCGAGAGAGGGGAGAUUAACAAGGGGAUCAUGAUGCCUCUUUUGACCACAGCAGGGACGCCUUUAGACUCUGAAGUGGUCCUGGAGGACACAUGGUAUUGAUCUCUGUGUUAGCAGAKAUCAAGAGAGGGAUUGUAGAAAUGUGGAACACUUUUAAACUUUAUUUUAUGUUCUGUUAAUAAUCAGUUCAUCUUGUAUCCAAGGGGUUCAAAAUCAGUAACUUGUCACUGUUUAAAUUUCACUGUGUGUGUGCGUCACUCUGGUCAAAAACAUGUUUGAGGAACAGGGUCAAACUCUGGGUUCCUUAUCGUUUCAAGGCUGUGCAGAUAAAUGGAACAAUGGCGAGCAGGAGGCCGGCGUGACCACCUGCAGCGGUCUGAUAAUGUAUUAUUCUCUCRUAAGUUACGUAAGGAAUGGAYUUGAUUAUAAAAGCUUAGAAUUACAGAAGUUAGAUGAGAUGCUGCUUUGACUAUCACAAGGGAAGUAUCGGUCCAGCACUCUCCCAGAUUUGCAAAUCUGUUCGGUGGGUUUUUACAUGUAAUCUUUAAUAAAUUCUGUUAAAACUUUAAA